CACAUAGUCAUACCCACUCUAAAUCUCGUCCAAACAACUCAGGGCGCAGAUACCAUCAGGGAGGGUGUGAUACAUCAUAAGUCCUAAAUAAGCUGGAGCUGGUGAAGGGUCAUGGCGGGGGCGGAAACCAGUCACCGGACGCGAGAGGAGCGAGAGAUUGACGAGAUGCUCACCGACUUUCGGGACAAUCCCACGAUGGCGAAAGAUGUCAUUGAGCGAGUUGUGGAGCCAGCGAUGGAACGCAUCCUCAAGUUCAUCAUUCAAGCUCAAGAGCAGGAAGCACAAGCUGGCAAGCAAAGGCAUCUGUUCUGCGAUCGCGUUGAUCCAACGGUCCGCGAAAGCGCUACUUUCCUGCUGCGCUUGCACGCCUAUGAAGCAUCAAAUACCAAUGGAUGGCUUAAUUGUGUGUGGAGGUGUAUCCAAGCUUGCUAUGAUUGCUCGAGAGGUCAUGAGGAGGCAAAGCGCAGGCUACCUUCAACGUAUCUAUCCGCCUACCCUGUUAGGAAGAUAAAUGGUUUUAUGGAGAGUAUCGAUAAUUGGGAGCGUGAACGGAUUCUAGUCGAAUAUGCGAAGGCAAACUUCUUACCCACCAUGCCUGCGGACGAUCGCACCAUCCAAUCUGUGCCGCCACAUUUGUUAUACCAUCUCUUGGUGAACAUCAACUUGCUUCAAACUCCAAGAUCACCAGAAGGUAUCCCGCUUGAGGCAUCGUCAAUUGCAGCAUUGAUCCAGAAGUUUCCUCCACGAAACAAAAUCGAGGAUUUCCCAGCAAAUCCCCCACCUGGUGUGCUGCUUUUCCUUUUUCACGAGGACGAGAAGCUACGAACCUGGGCCCAGAAACAGACGUUCAAUGCUGUUAUAUCCGCCAAGGAUGUUGAACUAUGUUUGGGGCCGGCACUGUCGGUCAUUAUAGGUUCUGUAGAGGGCAAGAUUGAUGUUGCAUGGUCCACGCCUUCGUCACCGUUCUUCCUCACAUCACAAACGCAAUUAUGGACCUCGUUGUAUUCCCUGCUCCAGACCUUUUCCCCGGAGGCGCUUUUAUCCCUGAUUAAGAGGGGGGACUACGAGUGGACAUAUUUCCUAACGAGGCAUCUACACGAUCCUGAAAGCCACUUUCCGAUGGUUCUACAAUGUUUUGUACACAUACUGCACGAAGUCACGUCAUCCUUUUGGACUUCUGAUUCCGUCGAAUUUUCUGAAGUUGUAUACGACUCAAUCAAGGAUAAUCCGGCCUUUGGGAGGCUUCUUGAAGCAGAGGCCCACAUUGAAGAGCCUUGGUUCCUCACUUGCUUUCAAGUACUUCUUCUAAGUGUAUGGGAUAAGCCUGUGUUCGACCCCAUACUCGCGAAGGUCAUCAAUUUCAUGAGCGAAGAACUACAACACCCUCGAUUCGAACCGCCUUGUCGCGCUCUAGUUAUGCAAGUUGUGCUUUCCACAAUGGCUUUUGUUCAUAAUGAAGCAGCACAGAAGGGCGACACCCAACGAAAGGAGGCCAUUACCCAAAUCUUCGCCAUCCAAGCCACUAACAUCGCUGGCGUUGCCUUCACACGACAGUUCAGUGACUCCGCCUGGGAAAGAGCAAGAAAUCAAGCCGUCUCGCUGCUAAGAGAUGUCUUCGAAUUUGAUGUGAUCGUCCUGGAUCAAGCUGUAGUCGAGAUGUGCUCAAUCCGUACACGGGUUCUCAAAUCCGACAAGGGGAAGGAUACUCCGGAAGUGAAUGUGCAGGCGAUCGUGGAUGAUUUGAACAAGGUCCGACACACUGUUCUGCAUCCUGCUCUAUGGGAAGCGGUGCGAAAAGCCAUACCCCUGAACGAUACCAAAAACUUUGCUUUCCUGGUUCAUUUCGUGGCACCAUCCCUUCAUCUUGCGCUGGAUCCGCAGCAUGCAUUUCACGACAACCAACUUAUAAACGAUGCCGUUGUCCGCAAGACCUUUCGGAAUGCCGUCGAGCGUGUGAACGCUGGUAUUUCUGCAAUUCGAAUUGGUUUCGGUCCAAUCCUGGCAGCAUUUGCCGAAGCAACAACUCAGGAAUCGAUCUUGACUCUGUUGGAGUCACCGGACUUCGUGAAGGACAUUCUACGGUUGAUCUUGUGCCCGCUUGAGGAUGUGUCGUUGGCUGCUCAAGAUAUCAUUACUCAAGCAUCUUUCGCGCCUGAGCGUAUGGAAGUAUUUCGCUUCCUACUCACCAAUUCACCUGAAUCCGCCAUUGAUGGUAUUGUCGAUUAUCUCCAAACGUUCAAUGGCUGUGCUGCGAUCUUUCCUGAAGUUUGUGGCAUGGCUCGCUGGAUGGUGCGGUGUCUGGCGGAUGUGGUCGAUGCCCUCUGUGAUCCAAUCUCUGGUGUCCUCCGGCAGGACAAUAUUGUCAACAACCCCCAGAUGCCGAAACGCAUAUAUCAUCUCUGGCGUGGAAUGUGUCGCGCAAGUUCACUCAUCUUCAAGCACACCUCCGCUUGGGCCCCUUUUUAUGCCACUUCUAUCAUGACCGACUGGAUGCGUGAUGCGCUCAUAUUCGUGCGGGACCUUGUCAGGAAUCUACAGGUCUUCGAAUCCGCCAUCCGUGGCACUUCGCGAGAGGAUGUUGAGGAGAUUUCGCCUGCCAAGAUCAAAUUAUCCAGCGUUGGGCGCAAAUGCGUUGGACAUCUCAGCGAUGUGCUAUUAAAUCUUGUUAGCUGGCUGAGAUUGACCGACGCGGAGACACUGCAUCAGUCUACGGAGUUGAUAUGCGAACUGCUCAAGAUGUAUCGUCGUACGCAUCUUAGCCCACCGCAGGAGGCCAUCGAUACUAUCGAAAAGAAAUACGCUUUGGGUGGCAAGAGUACAGGCAGACUGACCAGAGAACAAUCUUCGAGUCUCACAGAUGCAAUCACUCCAUUUGUGAUCGUCGAGGUGGAGGAUGAAGAGGACGAAGUCACCUUCAUUAGCCACAUCCCGAGCCAAGCUGCCGAGCCUGCACCACCCGUACCGGGCCCUAGCUCGAAAGAGAUUUCUUCAGCGAGAAAACAAAUGGAUAUAUUCAGCCAAAUCCAACCGCCAAAGGUGCACGGCUUCAAGAAAGCUGGGGAACAGACUGACGUGUCUCGGGCGCCCCUGGUGUCGGCGGCCACCAUUCGGGAACGUUCUUUCCCCAAGAAGCCGAUUAUCAGCCGUGGUCCGCCGCCUAAACCAACGACGUUAAUGGGGCAAAUGCGUCAGGACUUCAGGAGGAAUCGCCAAGGCAUUUCAGUCGUGGUACCAUUAAGAAAGCAUGAACCGAAGAAUGAAGGUGGCCAUCCCUUGAAGAUUACUGGAGAGUCGGAAACCAGUGCUGAAGAGGGCUCCUCCGACAGCGACGCGGGUCAACAUUACCUGUCCAGGCUCCAAAAAUCACCAGUGAAGCCCUUGCGCCCGAUUGCCGCCAAGCCACCUCCAAAACCGGAGCGCCGUCAGGUCCAACUCCUUGAGGCCCCCAAUACAUCGUAUAAUCCGGUACUGGAACGAUUGAGGCAACGAGAAGCGCAAGCGCGUCGACAGAAGAGAUUGAAGCCAGAACUAGGGUCGUUCACCCGUCAGGUAUUACUAUGGGACUACGAGGAUCAAAGUGAAGUUCCGCCGUACCCCCUCGGAAUGCGCCCAAAGCUCUCCCAAAUCCCAUGGCUUUUCGACUCGUACGAUGAUUAUCGUCGUACCUUCGAGCCCUUCCUCAUGUAUGAAUGUUGGUCCGGUAUUGUGAAGUCAAAGGAAGACCCUGUGCAAAAUAUCGUGCUGUGCGAUAUUGGUUCAAGAUCUAACACUGAUGACUGGCUCGAUCUGGACGUGGGCAUCAAUACAGACAAUGUAUCCAACACAUGGUUCCUCAUGGAUACCGACGUUGUUCUUUUGAAGCAACAUCUCGGCCACAAGAGUCUUAUGGCGAAGGUGGAAAGUUUCAGACGGACUGCUCGCGGCGUAGAAGCACGUUUAAGAUGUUGUUUAGGCAACGAUCCUCGUGGCCUCAAUGCUGCCCUACAAAUUCGAACCCAAUGGAAAGCUCACAAAGUAUUCAGUUUUACUACGAUUUACCGCGAGUAUGCAGCGCUUCAAGGACUGUCAUUAUAUGACAUGUGUGAUGAUAUCCUGAAGCCGAAGCCCGCACGGUUGCCCAAGUUCUCUGACAUCGAAGUUGGAAAUGCAAUGAAGGCAUUUGAGGUGAACGAGCCUCAGGCUAAUGCUAUUCUUGGGUCGAUGCAGGGCGACGGGUUUACCCUCAUACAAGGACCUCCUGGAACCGGAAAGACGAAAACAAUCUGCGGGCUGGUCGGCUGCUGGCUGUCAAAACGAGGGAGUGCGACUCAUCCUGCGCGGCCCAGCGAAAAGCCCGCCAAGAGCAAGAUAUUGAUAUGCGCACCCAGUAAUGCAGCCAUCGAUGAAGUAGCACGAAGGAUCAAAGAUGGUGUACGAACUUCCAACGGCCAACGAACCUCCGCGAACGUGGUUCGUGUCGGCGCUGACGCUGUCAUCAAUGUCAGCGUAAAGGACAUCUCUCUUGAUGAACUCAUUGAAAGGAAGAUCAAUGCUGAUGUCAAUCUCAAAACAGACAGAACGGAAGCCCAAUCAGACAUAAUCAAUUUGCGACGAGACAUAGAAGCUGUUCAGGUAGAGGGGCGAGCCAAGCAGAAAGAGCUUUCUGAAACCAGGGACAAUGGUGCACGUGCAGCGGCCCUCGAGAUUGAGAUCAAAGCACUGAAUCAGAAGCGGAUGGGACUCACAUCUAAACUUAAUCAGAUGCGGGACAAGCAGAAGGAUGCCGGCCGCACGAUGGAUGCAGCUCGACGCAGAUUCCGGCAAGAUGUCUUAGAUGAAGCUGACGUGAUUUGCUGCACAUUGUCUGGUUCUGGUCAUGAGCUCCUCAGCUCGUAUGACUUCGAGACCGUCGUCAUCGAUGAAGCAGCGCAGUCCGUCGAGAUGUCGUCUCUCAUUCCGCUCAAAUAUCAGUGCAAAAGAUGUAUCCUUGUUGGAGAUCCAGAACAGCUGCCUCCCACUGUGCUGUCACAAAUCGCAGAGCAGCAGGGAUACUCUCGAAGCCUGUUCGUGCGCAUAAUGCACCGACGUCCUGAAGCUGUUCACCUCCUGAGCAUCCAAUACCGAAUGCAUCCGGAAAUCAGUGCUCUCGACAGCGCCAUGUUUUAUGAUAAUCGGCUCAAAGACGGACCGGGCAUGGCUGAAAAGACGGCCCAACCCUGGCAUGCGGAUCCCUUGUUCAGCCCAUAUCGCUUCUUUGAUGUUGAUGGACAAGAAACCAAGGCAAGAGCCGGUCAUUCACUGGUAAAUGACGCAGAAGCGAGUAUGAUCUUGGGUCUUUUUGGACGCAUUCGAGCUGAGUUUCCUGCGGUCAAUUUCGACUACCGUAUCGGCAUCGUGACGAUGUAUCGCGAGCAGAUGUUCAAGCUACGACGCAUGUUUCGGGAUUAUUAUGGGGAGCACAUUCUCACAGCAGUGGAUUUCAACACUGUUGAUGGUUUCCAGGGUCAAGAGAAGGAUAUCAUUAUUCUGUCCUGUGUGCGGGCGGGGCCGAAUCAAUCUUCCGUUGGCUUCUUGGCGGAUAGACGUCGCACGAAUGUUGCGAUCACUCGAGCGAGGUCAAAUUUGUUCAUUUUUGGCAAUGCUGCUACGCUCGAGCGAAGUGAUGCGAUUUGGAAGUCAAUAGUGCAGAAUGCUCAAGAACGCAACGUCCUUAUGAAGGUGGAUCAGACUACAUUCCGUCAACGCCGAUCUACUCCUGCCAUUGCAUCUACGAAGCCAUCCGCUAGCCCCCGCAAACCGAGAGCGGAAGCACCAAAACCACCUCUACCCGAGCUUAUGACGCCAAAAGAAAUCGCGAAGGCAAAGCAAAAUGCGGGCGGCAAAGCGUCGAACCCAGGACCGAGCACACCCCGCGAUAAUCUUGGGGAAGAGGGGGAGAUUGCAGACCAAUCGAACCCUCCUUUGAAGAGAAAAGCGAGUGACGAUGGUCCUCGACGACCUCCACCAGCGCUUCGUCGAGUUCAAGAAGGUCAGAAGUCGGAGACCAUGCGGAACUCAGCGGAGAACCCAUCCCGAAAUGGAAGUCCUGCAGGACCUUCAGGGCCCGGAAAGCGCAAACAAACAGACGAGGGAUCGCGUAGGCCACCCCCAAACUUGAGAAGUCCAUAUUCGAAACAUAACAACGGCAAGAACUCCCCACACUCUGGUGGAUAUGGUCGCCGAAAAGGUUUCCCGGGUCCGUCAUCCAAUGCAAUCAGACGUGUCUCCAGUUCGGUCGCAGAACCCCCCUUGCCCACUCUGGGAAAUCCCAUCGCGGUGCCAUCAAAUGAGCCACCACCGCAGCGGCGACCAUUUAAUAAUGGGGGAUCGUCUAGACCACUGCAAAGGCUAGCUAUGCGCGGCGAUGGUACUACCUCCGAAACGAUGUUCAUGCCCAAGAAGCGUACUAACAAUCCGAACGCUCCUCUGCCCAGUGGUCCAUCCAACGCAAAACAGCGUCUGAUACAGCAAGCACAACAACAGCAUCGAUAG